AUGCUCGAAAGUACGAUCGCAAAGCGAAGGGAAGAGGAAGCAAGGAUCGCAGAUGAAGAUUGGGCAAGAGAUACUGUCCGACCGAGCGUGAACUUUGUGGACAUCAACAACGACGAAUUCGAUGAAGAAUCAAUGACGUUACCAAUGAUAUCAGCUAGUGCAACGAAGGGACGACUGCCACGGUCGGAAACGGAGGCGUUGAGGGAACCGGAACUGUGGGGAGAGCCGAUGAGAGACGAAAUGGAUCAGAUGAAAAAGAAAGGUGUAUGGGAGCUGGUGGACCUACCAGAGGGGAAAAGAGCGCUGGAUGGGAUGUGGGUGUUCAAUGUGAAGGUAGAUGGCGCAGGCGCAGUGGUGAAGAGAAAGGCACGAUGGGUGGCUCGAGGGGACCAGAUGGUGGAAGGGCGCGACUUCGGCACAAAAUGGGCAAUGGUGGCAAGAAUGGAAUCGGUCCGGAUGGUAUUUGCAGUUGCGGCUGUGAAAGGAUUGCACGUGCGGCAGUGGGAUUUUUCCGGUGCUUACCUUAACGGCAGGAUGGAUCGCGACGUCUACAUGAAACAACCGCGUGGGUUCGAAGAGAAGGGGAGGGAAGACAAAGUCUGUCUUCUCUUACGACCGCUCUACGGAUUGGUUCAAGCCGGUCACAUAUGGUACAAAACGCUAAGCGCCGGUUACAAGGAGCUUGGAUACCACGAAAAUGCAGCCGACCCGUGCGUCAGAACCAGGAAGCGAGGAGAGGAGUACACCCUCACAAGUACCCACACGGACGAUGUCGUCGGUGCAUCUUCGGGAGAGGCAGAAAGUAAACGAGUGGUCGAGGAGUUCGCGGAAAAAUGGGACCUCAAGCAAGUGGAUCUCAAUUUAUUGCUGGGACUGACCGUGGAGAAGCUGCCGAACGGGGACAUCUCACUGGGCCAACGACAGUAUUUCGAGAAAGUACUCGAUCACUUCGGCUACUCGAAUUUGCCUCCGCUGUCUACCCCGCUUCCACCUGGCUAUCAGAUCCGCGCCUCGCCAGCUGUGCUCCCACCCGACGAUGGGUUGUUCAUGAAGGACAAACCGUUCCGGCAAAUACUGGGAUGCAUAGUAUGGGGGAGCAGCGGAACCCGUCCGGACUUGGCCUACGCUUGCUGUGCACUCGGGCACGUUCAGUCCAACCCCGGUCCAGAACACUGGAAGGUGCUGAUUGGCGUUCUACGUUACAUCUGA